AAGAAAGACAUAUAUUCAUGACAAUUGGAAUCCUAUUUUACAGCCACAAUAAUUUUUCUCCAAUGAAGAUUAGUUAAUAGUAAUAUAACCAAACUCACUUCACACUCUAAUCAUGGUCUAUAUAAUUCAGAAUCUAAGCUUUGUGGUGUCUCAUUUCCCCAUUCUACAAUUAUUUGCCAACUGCUCUGUCCUGCAUUAAAUCACAUACCAUAAUAGUUCACCUUUUUCAUCUAUAUUCUCUUUAGUUUUAAUUUUCUUCACCACACUACACAUAGAAAAACAGAAUAGUCUUGGCUAGGCUUAAUCAAGAGUGCAAAUUCAUCUUCAACUUUGAGCUGAGCAGAAUCAUGGAUGGAAGACAAGGGAGUGAAAUGCAGCCCUAUGUUGAAGCACCGCCUAAUGCGGCAGAACAAAAUCGUUAUUCACAUCGAUCAAUUGAGACAUUGAUAGUGGUGAUAGCAGUGAUCACUAUAGUAGGUGUGAUUGCUGGAAUGAUUGCAAGGUUGUGUGGUGGAAGACACUUUGGAGGAAAUGGUGAGAAUGAUAUAGAAGGUUGGGUUGAAAGGAAGUGUAGAAGUUGCAUUGAUGCAGGUCUUCCACCACCACCGCCGCCAGCUGAACCUAAACCCGAAGAGCCAAAGGCAGAACCAAAGGCAGAAGCUGCAGCAGGAGGUGGUGAUGGAAGUAAAUGAAAAAGGUAUCAGAAUGAAGAACCUACUAUGACGCUUCAAAUUGAAGGCGUGUUCGGUGUUUGACAAAGACACAUAUGGUUAUGGUUACAUUUAAUUUAUCUACAUUCUUAAAUUAUUACAGGUGUCAACAUUAAGUGACGUGUCCGAUGUAUGUUUCUGGGUUAUUAUUCCAUAUUAGAUGCAUAUUAUUCUAUUCUAACACAAACAUUAUUUUUAAGUUAGUAAGUAUAUAACUUGAUGUAUGCUUUGUUUAAUUUCGCUAUAGCUAGUGAAUGCUAUGUGAUACAAGAAAGUUUAGACAACUUUUAAUUAAUGAAUGUAUAGAGUAGCAAUGUGUUAGUUCUAGAACCUAAGCUACUAUUGAUGUCAUUGAAUUUGGACUCACUUGCUAUUUCAAUAUAAUUUGUUGGUCUCA